AAUGUGGUCCAAAGCCUGAUUGAGUUCAGAACUGUUUAAUUACUGUUCUACGUUAUCUAAGUAAAUGAGUUGGCAGUCUUACAGAAUUUAGGUCGUCUCAUAUUGCGAUAGUGUGAUGGUAUCACCAUGGGUCAGCUCUUCGUGGCAUGUGGUCAAGGCUGGACUGCCCCAGCGAUGCCACAUUUAUUUCCACACCGCCACAGCACUAUUCUUGAGCAUUACGUGCGAUUUACCACUUUAAGUCUUAUCUGAUGGCCUAUACCUUUCCUAACAAAGGCUCUCGGACUAAUACUGUAGUGAGGUCGAUAACGUUCGACAGUUCCGACUCGUACAUUAAACCUAUUACAAUAAGAUGACAGGAUCGUAUACUUGGUGAACGUAAACAAAGUGAUAAGUUUAUAAAUAAGAUUUGUCAUGCUUGUAACGGAAAUAUCAAAUAAAAUAACAAUGAAUUAGGUAAAAAUAAAAAUAAACUGCAGAAUUCUCUAGACAAUUGUAAUUAGAUUAACUUUUUAAGUUAUUCGGAAUAGAUUAUUUCUUAAUAAACAGGUAAAAUAGAUUUUGUUAGGUACAAUGUUACAAAUAGUAUCCUAGGUUUAACAAAAAAUACUCUUUUGACUAAUUAAAGAAGUUUACAUAAGUAAAAAAAAUAGUGAAAUAUUAUAAGUUUUUUUGAAGUGAAAACUUCUUUAGUAUCGUUGUGACUUGAGAUUCGAUGAAACGGAAGUAGAGUAUUUGACACAAGAUAGGUAUCCGUAAUUUCAUCAUUUACUAUAAGAGACAGAUAGCCGAAUGGUAAUGGUCUUGGGGUCGUCAUCAAAUGAUCGGUGGUUCGAUGUCCACUCCUAACAUUUACUUUUAUUUUAUAAUGUGGCAUUAAAAGUAUAUACUUUCCUAAAUUUGCACCCUUAUACACCAGCCCCUAUUUUUAUGGCGGUACGAAAUUCGCUGGGUCAGCUAGUUUACUAUAAUUUCUAUAAGCUUAAGUUUUAGAUAGACCAACUGAAGUUAAGGAUGUAGUGGCCCUUAUACCCAAGCUUAGUGUGGUUACGAGAAAAAACCCAAAAGCCUAAUCCUUUGUGUCGGUGCUGGAAAAAAAUAAAUAAAAUAAAAAAAUAAAAUAUGGUUUUUGGAAACGCCAUACCUUUACUCCGUACUGCCCAGAUUUAGAUCCAUGCAAUUAGUUUUUAUUUCCCAUUGAGAAAAAUGCUUCGUAGACAAAAAAAUUACACCCCAGACGUGGUCGUCUAAGAAUUCUGGCAGUUUAAGUCGUGUACCUACAGUCCAUAUUUAAGACUAGGAACUAUACAUAUGUUUGGGUUAGUAUCAUAUAUCUUAAAACUUUAUGUGACGGCAAGUCGGCAGAAGGUGAAACGCUCAUUCUUCACGUGACCCGGUUCAUUUUUGAUGUCUUAUGGCUCGGUGUGGAGUCGCUAUCCUCCCGAGGGCUGUAACCCCGUCGAGAAAACUCGUUAGCUUGCGGAGACGAGCUGGCUGCGUUGCUAGGUCCCACGGCUAAACGCUGGACCGCUGCCAGAUGUUAAUCGUCACGCAGUUUUACAUUCAAUAGCAGAAUUCAGCAUAUCCCUGUUCAUGAAUUUAUGCGUUUAAAACUGUUCAUGUAAAUAAAAACUUUAUUUAUGUAAAGAGAAUUCUGGAUAUCAACCCGCACUUUAGUUAUUAAACUGCUAAAUGGAUUCAAAAUGAGUGGAGUAAAAAUAAGUCCCUAACCUCGACAAGUUACAAUUUUCGCCGUUUUCUAGAAAUGUCGUUAUAUGCACAAGAUUAUAUAGAAGAACCCACACAUGAAAAACAUUAUCAAUAACAUUUAUUCGUUCACAAGUAUCUUAGGCACCUACAAGGCAUUCCUCCUCAAAUCGCAUGUAACUGAGCGAUGUUUGAUCAAAGCCACUUAUUUUAUUAUUGCUUAAUCAAAACCACUUUUCCGGGUGGAACAAGUCGAUUUCACGGUCGAUAGACGAAACAUUUGACAAGCUGUGUGGCUAGCGGUUGAGUUCAUGUCGUACAAUAAUUUUAUUGAUAAUAUCUAUCUAAGUAGGUAGUAGCGAGAUGGGAGUAAGGGCGGGUGCGGGAGCGGGCGGAGCGCGCGUGCGUGCGCUGCCGCCGCGCCCGAUCUGGCAGCGGAGAGCGAACGCCAGUCAGUAGUGGCGCGUUCAACGCCAGCUAGCGCCUCGCGCCUGGCGCGCCCCGCAUCUUACUAUGCGACUCGCGUGCCGUGCUCACUCGUGUUGUGGUGCUUUAUGAUGGUACGGCAUGACAGUGCGAGAUAUGCGGACGUUCCGUGAGCGACGCUCUGCCGAACUCGCCACCGCCACAAGUGGGCGGAGAGACGGAACGCGUCCUCGGCUGCUCAGGUAAUAGGAACGUGCAGCUCAUCCGAGGAGCGGGUCGCAGCGCGCGGUGAUGGAGUUGGUAAUACUGAGAGCUCGGGCCCAACUUAAUCGUCUUCUGUCCUCGGAGAAGCGUGUGAGGGGCGGACCGCGCGAGGGGACAGGCGAAAGCGGCGGGGGCGGAGGCGCGCGGGCGGCGGGGCGCGAGCGUACCAUGCCGCCUGCGCCCGCGCCGGCGUCCGCUGCGCCCUGGCUCAACGCCACGCUCGCGUUCAACGCCACGCGGUUCAACCUCACCUUCGACACGGACUACGAGCUGCUCAACGCCAGCUCCACGGACGAGCACAACAACCAUUGGUUCUGCGCUAAGUGGACCAACGCACAGCAAGAUCUUUUCCAAGCUGCGAAUUUAUGUUUCGCUAUCGCGUUUCUCGCGCCGAAGAGUUUCAAACAGAGCAUUCUGGUGCUUCGCGCCCUGGCGGCGGCGGGCGCGGUGCUGAUGGGUAUGUGGGCGGGCGCCGAGGUGUGCGCCCCAGAUGUGCUCGUGUGGAGUCUAGCGCUCGUGCUCGUCAACUCGAUACACACAGUGUUUCUAAUCAUAAGGUUCCUCCCACCGGCGCUGUCGCUGGAGCUGACUGAUCUUUACUUGAAGUUGUUCAAGCCGCUCAAAGUGCACAAGAAGCACUUCCAAGAGCUCACGCGGGAGGCUCGAGUGGUGCGCUUCGAGCCGGGCGAGGCGUACGCGAUCGAGGAAGUCACACCGGCGGACGAACGACUAUCGAUACUCUUGAAGGGAAAGAUGCGCGUGAGCUGCGAUGAGACGCACUUGCACUUCAUCCAGCCGUACCAGUUCGUGGACUCGCCCGAGUGGGAGGCCAACCGGGAGCAGUCCGACGACGUGUUCCAGGUGACUGUGGUUGCGGAGGAGGUGUGCACGUGUGUGUGCUGGCCGCGCAUGCGCCUGGAGCGCGUGCUGCGACAUCGGCCCGCGCUUAAGGUCGUCCUCGACUGCCUCAUAGGCAAGGACAUAACACACAAGUUGUAUUCGGUGAGCGAGGGCUUGGGAGCGAGCGCGGGUAGCGACCCUGGACCUCCGGCGCACCUCACCCGGUCUGCCAGUGUAGACGCCGUACAUGAAGGCGCUCGCGGCAAACUGCGCAGCCUGGCCUGGAGAGCUAGGACAACUACCAAUAAAGGGAGUUCCUACUGGCAACCGAUGGUGGCGCGGCAGUUUUUGCGGCAGUCACCGUUCGGACGAAGCGCCACCCAGCCAAGGCUUCUCCCUCAAGCAUCUUCAGCUAGUUUGCAACCUAGUAUUACAGGUGGGGCUCGCAAGCGGAGCCCGCCACGGCGGUCGGCGUCGUUCCGGCGCGGCCGCGAAGUGAAAUUCGCGGAAAUGGAAGCCACGCCGGCGGUGUGACGCGGGCCGCGGCUCCAGCAUGAGCUGGUGCCGCUGCGGCCUGCCGCAACUGCCACCGCCACGCCUACCACUGAGUCAUCGCCGACGCUGCUGAGGUAUACCUGACCGGAACCAGAGCGAACGACUUCACCGCACAUGACUGAUUUCUAGACCAAUACCUAAGCCGGUCUGCGCGAAUAGAUUAAUGCCUCUAGCGCGGACAAUCCCACAGAAUAGAGGUUACUCUGUUUUGUGAUCGAACUUACUGAAUGCGGUGGUUACAUAAGUGACGUUUUAAAAGAGCUUCCUAUGUGUUACUGACGCUAUAGUGCGCGGAGCUUUGUUUUUCCGUUCGCUCAUUAAGAAAAUUGACACAGUGAGGUUUAGUGACUAGUGACCGACGACGACGACGUAUAGAAGUGACCCGGUUUGUUGAUUUCCACGAGUGAUAGUGUUGAACCAAUAUAAUUUAUUACUGUGUGAGAUUGUAGACUAGCUUAGCGUUAAAUAUGUUUAAUGUUAUGUUAAGUCACGACUUGCAAGCUCGAGCGAGCAAAGUCGCAAUCAAGUGCAACUUUUGUAUAGGAGCGAGUUUGUACCGAAUGCUGAUACAACAAUAACUUAAAAGUACCUACAUAAUACGGAAUUGUAAUUAUAAUUUUUAGCGAACUAUAAUUCAGAUGUGGAAUUCUAAAAGUAUUUUAAUGUUAAAGAUAUUGUUUAGUGAUUAGAAAAAUAAGAUGGUGUUAAAUUCGUGAUAAAUAUUUAAAGUUACUGCAAGGGUUUAUAUUAAAUAUAUUGUUCAGUAAAGAUGUACCUAUUUUCGUGCUCCUUGUUCUAUAAAGUACGUACUAAUGAUCAUGUUAAAUAUAGGGCCAAUUUAUUAUUAGUCUGGAGGUAUGAUGAUUUUUAUACAUUCAUUUGUUACUGUUUUAGAUCGUUAUUAAACGCACGGAUACCAGGGACAGGAUCACAUACUAAAAUACAAUAAUGUUUGUGGGGCCUAAAAUUAUAAUCACAGAAAUUUUUCCAACAAACUAUUGUAAUAGUUUGGCAGAUAUUUCAUUUGUAAUCAAUGUGUGUGAACUUAGAAAAUCAAUAAAAAAAUAAGAUAACCACAAUAAUUACUAGGUACCUCAAGAAACCACAUUGAUUUUCUCAUUAUCCUUUUCAAUUUGACCUCCAGAACUUCCUAUACAUUUAUUUUUCUCUAUCAAAAAAAAACUAAAAAAUAUCUUGGUCAAACAGCUAUGAGAAUAUUUAUUUUAUUUCGGCAUGAACAAAAGUUACUACUAGAUAAUUAUAUAGAUUAUUACUAGAUAAUACUAGUAAUAAUUUAUGGAGUUCCGAAUUCCUACAACGAACUAAAUGUCCCGAGUGACGGACGUCCCAAUGUGAAUUGAACAUUCAAUGUGUUUACCUGAUAGUAAUUAACUGCUAUAUUUUUGUUAAUUCUACUAUCCAAAACGAUAUUAUUUUGUCCGAAAAAUCAAAAUGUAUGAGCAGCACGAGAGUGAGCUGUCUUAUCCGCUGUAAACAUUCAAAUGCACUUUUCAAAUUUAUCACUUUGCGAACAUUGGAUCUUGGAACUUUGAAAGAAAGAAAGAAAUUGCGAAUAUUGACUGUGCUUCUAGUGAGCUUUCUGGAGUAGACAUGAUUUUUUUAAACGUUAACUCUUACCUUUAGUGAUGUGCACAUUACACUAGAACGAUAACUUCACGUCGAUGUUUAGGUUGAUGUUGUCGCUUGGUUACUGUGCGUGUCGGACUAGAUGAGCAAGUAGUGUUCGUAUUUAUAUUGACAGACUGUUGCUAGACGAGCAAUUGCGUAAUACUUCUGCUACACCUGCGCGACGAAGCUUUGGUACUAAGAGCGUGCGCUGCGCUAAGCGAAGCACGGAGUGGGCGUCCGCUCGGCGCGGCGUGUUUGUUUCGUAGACACGCCUCGCGCGCGAAUGUGCACGCUCGAUUGGCUGUCUUCUGUGCCCCCGUCUGCGUUCUCUUUUAACUAUGUAGUGUUAUCAACAAAAAUAAUCCAUUAUCACAGUUCAUACGCGCAGUCGAAAUUUUACUGGCGGCGCGUUGCGCGUGGCACCCGUCUCACGUGGGUCCCGCGACUGAGUACGAAGCGGAUCUCCGUGACGGAUGUCUGCUCCAUGAUCCCGCCUAAAGCAGCGCACGCGCUUAAAUGCGCAAAAAAUAGCGUAAUUUUGGAACGCUAAUUUUUGCGCGAAUGAGGUCCAUCGUAAGUAAGCCCCUUCAGCUGCAACAUACAAAUUUAUCGUCUACCACAACUUCUUUUAGGGGUGUCAAAAAUCGCAAAUCGAGCUAUCGUCUAGUGUAUUUAGACACGCAACCCGAUAAUUCAUUACGAUAGAACAAAUUCUAUUUUCGAAAGAUAAUUUUAGCGAAUUUAAUAUCAAAGCCAUUCAAAGCUUCGUCGCGCAGCUGUAGGAGAAGUAUUACCUGUGAGAUCGAAUAAUUUAAAAUUUCCUAACUUCGAACUUAAGAUCAGUCCCAAUAACCCACAACCGCUGUAUAUCAUGUGAAAUUCUCUCAUUACGAUAUAAUAUCGA